AUGGUUAAUAAUAAUCUACCAAAAGUAAUACUUACAGAUGAAGAUAAAGCAAUUUCUCAAGCUAUACAAAAUGUUUUUGGAGCAAAUUGGUAUAAUUUUACAAAAGCAUUUUAUGAAUAUAUAAAAGAAUAUGAAGUUGAUAAUUUUAUAAUCAAAUGGCAACAACUUCAAAUAGACUUUCUAGAUUCAGAUAUAACAAGUAUACAGCGUGAAGAAUCAAUAAAUAGUCUUAUGAAAAAUUAUAUAAAUGCAACCAAUUCACUUUUAGAUUUUUUAAAAGUUUUUGAAUCUGCACUAGAACAACAUGAUAUUGAUUUACAAUUAUUUAAAUAUCGACAAAAUCAAUUUAAUGUUAUUUUAAAAAUAAUAAGUCCAUUUAAAUAUCAAGCAGUAGAAAUAUUAAUAAGUUAUGCAUUCAGGAGCAAGUAUUAUAAACAUUUAAUUAUUCUUGUAUAG